AUGGAUGUGGUUGCAAAUGUCUGCGAACUCACUACAAAGUACAAACAAACAAAUUUUACGUUGGAAUUAUUAUGGAAACAUGGGAAAAAGCCUAUGGGACGUUCUUCAGAUAUUUCUGGAAACAGUCAUAAAGUGGUUAAAGAAAACGAAUGCGAAGAAGAAGAUUUUAGUCGGCUAGCAGUGAAAAUUAAGAUAAGUCCAGAAGAGUUCUUUAUUUCUUCUUUUCUGAAGUUGCCAGGAUGUGUUCCAAUUGAUGUCCGUGCAAGUUUCAACAAAUUAUAUUCACGAUCUGAAGUGCAAAAGGGAAGCUCACUCAAGUUUUACUUAAAAAUGUGUGAUCUUGGAGGCAAAAUUGAUAUGCCAAUAAACCGUAUGCGGGAUUAUUACAAAACAGUAAAAGAAAAUGAUUCCAUAGAAUCUGCAAAACAUAUGCGCGAGGUGGCAGAAUACUGUAUUAUUGAUGCUCUACGAUGUCAACAGCUUAUGGUUAAGCGUAAUGUGAUAAACGACAAUAAAGAAGUUGCAUCAAUUGCUUAUGUUUCUCUAUUCGAUGCCCAUUAUCGUGCGAAUGGAAUGAGG